CUUAUAAAUUGGCAAGAUAUAGGACACUGAUUAAAGCCAUGGCAGAGACCAAGAACCUAUCAGGAAGUUCAGUUUUGGUACCAUCAGUUCAAGAGUUGGCCAAACAAAAUUUGGCUACUGUUCCACAAAGAUACAUUCAGCCUCAACAUGAACAGCAAAUGGUGCAUAUUUCUCAACAACCUAAUACUGCCACCCUUCAGAUUCCAGUUAUUGACAUGCAGAGAUUGCUUUCUCAAGAAUCUGCAACUUCUGAAUUAGAUAAGCUUCACCUUGCUUGCAAGGAAUGGGGAUUCUUUCAGCUGAUAAACCAUGGAGUUAGCACUUCCUUGGUGGAGAAAGUGAAGCUGGAGAUUAAGAAUUUCUUCGACCUUCCAAUGUCGGAGAAAAAAAGGUUUUGGCAGAGUCGAGAACAUAUGGAAGGUUUUGGACAAGCUUUUGUUGUGAGUGAAGAUCAAAAGCUUGAUUGGGCUGACCUUUUCUUUAUGACUGUUCUUCCAAAACAAUUGAGAAUGCCUCACUUAUUUCCUCAACUCCCUCUUUCUUUCAGGGAAAGUUUAGAAGUUUACUCAGAGGAAGUUGAAAAUUUAGCGAAAGUGAUUGUUGAAGAAAUGGGAAAGUGUCUGAAGAUGAAAGAAAGAGAGAUGAGAGAGAUAUUUGAAAAUGGGAUGCAAUCUAUGAGGAUAAACUAUUAUCCAGCAUGUCCUGAAGCAGAGAAGGUUAUUGGUCUGACACCUCAUUCAGAUGGAGUUGGUCUUACUAUCCUUCUACAAGUGAGUGAUGUAGAAGGCUUGCAGGUAAGAAAAGAUGGCAUCUGGAUUCUCGUCAAACCCUUACCUAAUUCCUUCAUUAUCAACAUUGGUGACAUGUUGGAGAUUAUAAGUAAUGGAAUAUACAAAAGUGUUGAGCAUCGUGCAAUAGUGAAUUCUGCAAGAGAAAGAAUUUCAAUUGCCACAUUCCACACUCCAAAACAUGAUGGUGUGUUAGCUCCUGCAUCAAGUUUGAUCACUGAAAAAACACCACCACGCUUCCAACAAACUGAACUCAAGGAGUUUUUGGCCAACCUUUUUGCUCGUAAACUCGAUGGAAAGUCUUACUUAGACACCUUGCGACUAUAACAUUACUUCUUUACAACACCCAACAAAUAUCCUUAAAGAAAAUGAGGAAACCAAUAAAAAAUGAUUUCAAUAUUUUUAGACCAUUUAAUAGUUUUUA